AAAUAACCUAGUUUGCUAUUUGUUAUUAAUGUUAUUAAUUAAAGUUCGUGUUUUGUGAAAAUUGUCGUUUCUGUAAAAACUACUUACUGUUUUGGUUGUCUUAGAUUAUGUAGAAACAAUAAUGAUAAAAUUUCAACUAACCGACAGUUUUGUUGGAAAUGUCCAGAAUUUUAGGACCAAAAAUGGGAAGAGCAGAAGCCUUGUGCAACCAAUCUCUUUUAGAAGCUGGAGAUCGUCCUUUAGAACGUACUUUAACCGACACAGGAGAUGUGAAAACUCAAUUUGUUACCCGAGAAGGUGUGUACCGUCUGUUAACAUUAAGUGAAUAUUCGCGGCCAAACCGUGUUGGAUAUCAAUCUCAGGGACAGUCUCAGCCCCAAGUGCGAGUUUCAUUAGUGACACUUCCUGAUCAAGGUGAGCGUAUUUGUUUCAAUCACGGACGAGAAAUUUACGUGUAUGUAUAUAAAGGCAUUAAAAAGGCAGCAGAUUUAAGUAAGCCUUUGGAUAAGAAAGUGUAUAAAGGUACAAAUCCUACAUGUCAUGACUUUAACUCAGUCUCAGCGACUACCGAGAGUGUUAAUUUACUUAUAGGAUUUAGUACUGGUCAAAUACAAUUAAUAGAUCCUAUUAAAAAGGAGCUGAAUAAAUUAUUCAAUGAAGAAAGACUGAUUGAUAAAACCAGAGUGACAUGUUUAAGAUGGGUUCCAGGCAGUCGUUCUCUUUUCCUUGCUGCUCAUGCAUCAGGACAGUUGUAUGUUUAUAAUGAAGAAUUGCCUUGUGGUUCAACAACACCACAUUAUAUGCCUUUCAAAUCAGGUGAAGGGUUCACGAUAAGCACGUGCAAAACAAAAUCUACACGUAAUCCACUAUUUCGAUGGCUUUUGGGUAGUGGUUCUGCAAUUAACGAGAUCGCAUUUGGACCGGAUGGAACUCAACUUGCUGUGGUGUCCCAAGAUGGUCAAAUGCGCGUUUUCCAAUAUGAUAACAUGGAAUUAUUAGGAACAGCUCGUUCUUACUUUGGUGGUCUUUUAUGUGUUGCGUGGUCAGGUGAUGGACGUCUUAUAGCCGCAGGGGGCGAGGACGAUCUUGUGACUGUUUAUAGCAUAGAACAGAAACGUGUAGUGGCCCGUGCACAAGGCCACCGUUCAUGGGUGUCGGCCGUUGCCUUCGAUGUGCAUUUAGAAAUGGAUGGGUGCUAUCGUCUCGGUUCUGUGGGCCAUGACACGCAACUGUGUCUUUGGGAAAUCCCUGAGGAGUGUUUGAUGCCCAGUAAACCGCGUACGACUAAACGAAAACCUGAUCCUUUGCAACUAGUUGGAACACCCAGUUGUCCAAGACUGGACGAAUGUCCGAUAUUAGAGACGUUGGUGUGCAAAAAAAUUGCUCACGAAAGACUUACGGCGCUCGCAUUUCGAUCGGAUUGUAUCGUAACUGCUUGUCAAGAUGGGUAUGUUUAUACUUGGGCCAGACCUCCGUCGCAUGUGGUUAAUUUGUGUGUAGGGUUCACGAUAAGCACGUGCAAAACAAAAUCUACACGUAAUCCACUAUUUCGAUGGCUUUUGGGUAGUGGUUCUGCAAUUAACGAGAUCGCAUUUGGACCGGAUGGAACUCAACUUGCUGUGGUGUCCCAAGAUGGUCAAAUGCGCGUUUUCCAAUAUGAUAACAUGGAAUUAUUAGGAACAGCUCGUUCUUACUUUGGUGGUCUUUUAUGUGUUGCGUGGUCAGGUGAUGGACGUCUUAUAGCCGCAGGGGGCGAGGACGAUCUUGUGACUGUUUAUAGCAUAGAACAGAAACGUGUAGUGGCCCGUGCACAAGGCCACCGUUCAUGGGUGUCGGCCGUUGCCUUCGAUGUGCAUUUAGAAAUGGAUGGGUGCUAUCGUCUCGGUUCUGUGGGCCAUGACACGCAACUGUGUCUUUGGGAAAUCCCUGAGGAGUGUUUGAUGCCCAGUAAACCGCGUACGACUAAACGAAAACCUGAUCCUUUGCAACUAGUUGGAACACCCAGUUGUCCAAGACUGGACGAAUGUCCGAUAUUAGAGACGUUGGUGUGCAAAAAAAUUGCUCACGAAAGACUUACGGCGCUCGCAUUUCGAUCGGAUUGUAUCGUAACUGCUUGUCAAGAUGGGUAUGUUUAUACUUGGGCCAGACCUCCGUCGUAACACCCACAUUAAGUGCCACUGAUCCUGUUUACUACGUAAUGCUUAUGUAAGAAGUUUUAUUUCCUAUUUCCUUCUGGUAAUUGCUCGUCCUUUCAAUGGACACUAUGAUUUUAAAAGCAUUCAUGCCUAACUUAUUCCAGUCACUAUUUAUUUAUAUUAUUAUAUUUAAAUUUUAUACCCUCUUUCAGUUAAAACAAGUGCAUCGUUUUCUUAUCGUUUUUAUCUUCUUUGUCUUAUUAAUUUGCAUUUAAUACUUAUCGAGUGUUUGUUCAAGAAAUAGUUUCACCAAUAAAAUUGAAAUUAAAAUUA